CCAUAGAAACCCUAACUAGCUUGUUGGAGAAGAUGAGCAAAGAACACGGCAAGUUGAUAUUAGAAUUAAAAGCAGAAGCGAAUCGUCAUUUAGAAUUUUUCAUUCCAUUGCACAACAUCAAAACUCCAUCCACUGAAAAUGCUGUUGUUAACAAAAAGAAUCAAAAAGAGAAACAACCUGCACCUUCUUUACCACAGAACAACCAUUCAAACGCAUCUCCAUCAUUUGCAUAUAGUGCCCAAUUUCAAUGGCAGUGUUCCCCGUACAUGUAUUAUGCUCCUUUUAGACCUUUUCUCUUCAUUCCUCCAGUCUUGCAACCCUUGCAAAUUCAUAGUAAGAAGAUGCAUUGUCAUUGCCAGAUUGAUCUCGACACAAUCGUCCGCCGUGAAGAUACAAGGACUACUUUAAUCAUUAAAAAUAUUCCUAACAAGUACAUUUCAAAGAUGCUGCUUUAUGAAAUCGAGGAGAAUCACCAAGGGACUUAUGAUUUCCUUUACUUGCCAAUUGACUAUAAAAGUAAUGGUAAUUUGGGUUACGCUAUCAUCAAUAUGCUCUCUCAUUUACACAUGCUCCCCUUUUAUAAGGCUUUUCAUGGGAAGAUAUGGGACACACGUUUUGGCGAACACGUUAUUUCACUUGAAUAUGCAUGGAUUCAAGGAAAGGACGCACUCGUGACACAUUUUCAGAACUCAGGCUGCGUUUGUGAAUUCUGUUGGCCAAUCCUCUUUCAUUAACGGGGGCCAAGAAAAUAAUGAUCAAGAGUUUGUUGGCAAUGCAAAGUUUCUGGUUUGACAUUGCUUCUGAAAUGUCUUGCAAAUGGCAAAAAUAACAAGUGGAUUUCAUAUUGAACAUGU